AUGAUUGAUUCUGAUCGCACGGUUUCUCCGUCGAAGGCUCCCCGGCACUUUGAAUUGGCAAGGACAGGUAUGUACUCUGCAGGAGCUGCCGGUUGCCUCUGUGGAUCGGUUGAAAAGCUGGCGCUGCCUCCAAAGCCAUCCUCCACCUGGAAGCUCCGCAUGGGCAGAACUGCCACGCUGCCUAUCAUUUUGGAGAUUGCUUCGCGGUGUUUGCCUGCAGAGGAGAUUCGGCCUCCCGAUUGUCUCGUGCUCUGCCAUGCCAUAGCUCACUGGCCGAGCUCGCAGAGUCCGGCUGCAGCUGUAUUCCACUCUGUGCUGUACCACGGAUUCCGGGCUAAGAAGCGCUCAGGGCGACGAGCGCCGAGACAGGUCAGCGUAGGCAUGGCCGGGUGCGCCGAUCUCUUCAUCAGAUUGCCAGAGCAGGACACCUCGGAUCAACUUGUAGCUCUCAAGUGCUUCGUUGAGAGCCUUGCCGAGGCCGCGGAAGAUGCCAGGCUGCUGGAGCAGACGCACCAAGGUGCGGCAUUGCGCCGGAUUUCACAGCGGAAGAGCGAUAUGUUCGGCAUCAACGAGGUUGCGAUGUUGCCCAGAACAUUGACGGCAAGUAGCGCGGUCUCUGUCGGUGGUGCCCAGCCAUUGGUCCAGGGCAAAGCGCUGUUGCAAGCACCUGCUCCACAGGCAGUCCUUCAUCCCCAGCAGCCGGCUCAAUUGCAGGACGUGCAGCGGGACUUGCACAGUGUCGUGCGCAGCCUGCAGAGACAGGUCGAUGAGCUUCAGGACAUGGUGCGCUCUCUGCAGCAGCCUGCCAGCGAGGCAGAGAGAUCGAGCACCCAGGCCCGAGAGGCAUCACCCUCAGCGAACUCACUCAUGGUGGCUCGCACGCCUUCCGAAGAAGCGCUCCUGCAAAUGUAUCGCCAGAAGCGGUCGGAGGAAAGCCCAGAGCUUGGCUCGAGCCUCGAGCCGCUGGAGAGCCCGCUGCGUCCCAGAGGAGGGGACAUGGAAGGGCCUCACUUUGAGCCGCCGAGGAAACGAGGCGACUUCCUCAGUUCACGGCCCAGAUUACAUGGAAGCCGCUACGUUGAUGCCCUUCCGGAUGUUGACCAGCAGCUAGAGAAUGCAAUCGUCAUGGGCGAUCUGGCUUGGGUCAAGGACUGCAUCAAGAAGGGUGCAAACGUGAAUUGCCGACUAGACGAGAAGGGCUUUACCCCUUUGAUGCUGGCCUCGGAAGGUGGCUGGGCAAACAUCGUGAGAUACCUGGUGGAGAACACCGACGUAGAAAUGGACGCGGUGGAUUCAGGAGGUUUCAAUGCAGCGGACAUUGCUGCACUAAACGGCUACCUUAGCUGGGAGGAGCGAGGUAAGAAUGCUGAUGUUGCAGACAUUGUCAACUAUCUGAAGGACCGAGGCCUCGAGUACACCUGGAGAGGCGCGGUCAUCGGCGGCGACAUCGAUCGCAUCAACGAGUUCCUGGAGAACGGUCAGGAUAUUGAGGAGCGAACGGGUUACUACUGCGAGGGCAACUAUCAAUACACUGCCUUCCAAAUGGCAAUGAAGUUUGGACGCCAGAAUGUUGCCCGCUACCUGCUGUGUCUCGGUGCUGUGAUACCCAGAGACAUUUGCGAGACGCAGAUACCUUUCGACAGUGAGCUCAGGGGCUUCACCUAG